AUGACCGAAUAUGAUGAGCUGGUUAAGAAGAAUGGGCUCGCAGAAAAAGAGUUGGCAAAGGUUAAAAGAUCAACAAAAGGCAAGAUGAAUGUUGACAAAGAGGUGAUGGAUUCCUUGAAGAAGGGAAAGAGCAUUCUUUCAAAGAAAAUAGAAGUUGAAAAGGAGAAGAAUCGGCUAGCCCAGCUCGACAUAGAAGAGGAAAGAAGGAUUAGAGCUCAAUAUAUGGUGCAGCUUGAGGAAGAGAGAAGUUCAAGAAAGGCUGCAGAGUCUGAUAUGAGAGAUUACCAAAAAAGAGCCGAGUCUUCAAAAGGAAGGAUGAUGGCUUUACAAUCGGAGAUCAAGAUACGAGAAGAGGAGUUAAAAGAGAUAAGAAGCCAUUACUUCGAGAUGGAAGAGGAGCUCGGUAAGGCUAAGCAAGAGCGUCAAGAAUGUCAAGACUACAUGAACAGCUUUACAGUCCAAAUUAACUCCAAAAUAGCCGAACUGGAUCUCGAAAAGGAAGAACUACAGAGGGUAAGGGAUAAGUUGGCCCGGUCGGAGGAUAUGGUUCGAGUAUUGGAAAGAAGUAAUGAAGCCCUAGGAGCCAGCAACGAAGUGAUAAUUGCAGAUAACACUGUGUUCCAUGAUAAGAUAAGGCAUAUAACGCAGCAGGUCGAGCAAGUAGCCCGUUAUACGGAAAGGUUGCAACGACAAGCUACCCAAGUUGGAAAUGAUGCUUCAAAGUAUCGGGAAUACAUGGCAGCCAUCACAUGUUUUAUUGGGGACUUAGCUAAUAGGGGAAACCUUCUAAGAGCUAAGAAUGGGGAGGGAACAUCAGCACAACAGCCUGAAGGAGCGCCAGCAGCUCACAUCCCUCAGGUAUCCCAAAACCAGGGGGCAAACUCGGCCAAUGAACAACAUUUUGUGCCUAUCACCCCUAUCCAGCCAACUCACGCUCCAAUCACUGUGGACUUAACAGUGGAGGGAGUCCCGGAUAAUAGGUCUCCCAGUGUGAUGGACCAAGACAAGCUAUUUGCUCUAGAAGAAAGGUUAAGGGCAGUUGAGGCCGAAAGAAUAGAACAAGGGAUUAAAGCUGGGCGAAUAGCAAUGCCAGUGGAAAAGAAGGGUUUUAUUGGCAGAAAGAGAGAGGGCGAUGUUAACCAUCUGGAAGGUGGGUAUAAGGGCAAGAGAGGAGAUUUCCAUAAUCCUCAAGUACCUACCUCUCAAUUCUCACGCAUAAACUUUAACCAACCUUUUUCCCCUAAUCGAACAAAUAACCAGUCAAACUACCAAAAUCACUACCAAAGACCCCAUACAAAAUACACUUCAGAACAACUGCCACCGUUACCCAUGCCUUUGAAGGACAUGUAUGCCAAAUUGUUGAGCAUUGGACAAAUAGCUCCCAUCCCUACACUACCACUACAACCACCAUUCCCAAUUUGGUACAAGCCCGAGUUGGCUUGCGAGUACCAUAGGGGUAAUCCCGGGCAUGGGAUUGAAACCUGUUACGCUUUCAAGAAGAGGCUAUUGGAGCUUAUUAAGAUGGGAUGGGUAUCCUUUGAAGACAAGCCCAAUGUUAAUUCAAACCCAUUGCCUAAGCAUGCCCCAAAUAGUAGUGGAGUAGGCAUGAUCGAAGUGGGAAAUCAAUGCAAGGUAUUGAAGGUAUCCAUGAAGAAGUUGUAUGACAUGUUGGUACAAUCAGGAUUUCUAAAGACAAAAGGGGAGAGCCGUUUGGAGGGAUAUGAUUACUGUGAAUACCAUGGAAGAGAUGGACAUCAUAUUGAGGAUUGCAUCGAGUUUUGCGAAAAGAUUGCAAAAAUGCUAAAAAUAGGGGAGUUGAGGAUUGAACCCAUGAAGAGCAGUGGUGAGGUGAGUAUGAUGGAAGGUCGAGAUGAGAUGACAGGAGUAUGUAGGAUCCAACAAACAGCUAAGGGGCCACCAAGGCUAAUCUUGGUCAAACCUUCCUGCACAAAAGGAAACCACAAUGCCAUGCAUUACAAUUACGGCUAUACCUCCAACGUUCAAACUCCACUUCCCUUGUUCCAAACCGAGAUUAGUGGUUUGACUCGGAGUGGUCGUUGCUUUACGCCCGAGGAGUUGAGAAAGGCAAAGGGCAAAGAAGUGGUAGAUCUUGACAAAGCACUAGAAGUUAAUAAGCCAGUAACAGAAGAGGAGUCGAAUGAAUUCCUGAAGUUGAUCAAGCAUAUGGGAAGGAUCCAUGCAACUAAUUACCUGUACUUCACGGCUGAUGAGCUUGAUGCUGAAGGUACCGGACAUAACAAGCCCUUAUACAUCACGGUUAGGUGCAAGGACUGCCUCAUAGGAAAAGUACUCAUUGAUAACGGCUCGGCCCUUAACGUGUUGCCAAAGCACAUGCUGGAAGAAAUGCCGAUCGAUGAAUCCCAUAUAAAGCCAAGUACUAUGAUGGCCAGAGCGUAUGAUGGCUCGCCUAGGCCAAUAAUUGGGACUUUAGAAGUGGAGCUAUAUGUGGGACCACAAAUGUUCUUAGUAACACUUCAGGCCGAGGAGACAGUAUCCAUGACAAAGAAUGUAGCUGUGCCUUUUAUCGAAGCGGGCGAUUGCAAGGGUAACAAUAUCCAUGCCUUUGAGAUUGUGAACACCGACUGGGUGCCAGAGAACACAGUGCUAAGAAGGCCCAGGAUCUCAGAAGCAGCAAGGAUGGCAAGUCUAUGCUUCUUGAACCGCGAGAUCCCAUUUCAAUAUAACCUUAUUAUCGGGAUACCAGAAGGGGUUAAUCUGGCAAAGAUGAAAAGUGCUGCUCAAAGAUUUGGGCUAGGGUACCAACCUAACCAAGAGGAUUAUCGGUGGGCUGCUGGUCGGAGAAGGGCCGAAAGCCUUGAUCAAGAACUGUCAAACAUGAGCAUAAAUACCUUGGGGGAAAACAAGAUGGAAGGAGAUGAAAUGAAGACAGUAGCAAGAAAGGGAGAUGAAGCACUCCCACAACUGACAAUCUACACCAUAGAAGAAGUAUCCGCCAAGACUUUUGUGCGCAAGCUAGUAGAACAACAGGAACAGACUUGGAAGCCUAUCGCCGAGGAACUCGAAACCAUCAAUGUGGGUAGUGAUCAGCUCAAGAAAGAGUUGAAAAUAGGUACCUUAAUUACUUCUGAACAAAGGAUAAAAAUGAUCACCCUAUUACAAGAAUAUUCAGAUGUCUUUGCUUGGUCCUAUGAAGAUAUGCCGGGUUUGGAUACAAAUAUUGUAGUACACAAAAUACCGUUGGAAGAAGGUUGUAAGCCAGUCAAGCAGAAGCUGAGGAGGGCCCACCCCGAUGUCUGGAUCAAGGUCAAGGCAGAACUUGAGAAGCAAUGGGAUGCUGGCUUCCUAGAAGUAGUUAGAUAUCCACAAUGGGUAUCUAACGUUGUUGUGGUGCCUAAGAAGCAGGGGAAGAUUAGAGUUUGUGUGGAUUUUCGGAAUUUGAAUAGAGCUAGCCCUAAGGAUGAUUUUCCCCUACCACACAUAGAUGUUUUAAUAGAUAACGCUGCCCGGAGUUCCACUUAUUCCUUUAUGGAUGGUUUUUCAGGAUACAACCAGAUAAAAAUGGCUCCGGAGGAUAAGGCGAAAACAACUUUUGUCACACCUUGGGGGACGUUCUGCUACAAGGUCAUGCCAUUUGGAUUGAAGAAUGCAGGAGCAACCUAUCAAAGAGCAAUGGUGACUUUGUUCCACGACAUGAUGCACAAGGAAAUUGAGGUGUAUGUAGACGACAUGAUUGCCAAGUCUAAAAGGGGAGAGGAUCAUGUUGAAGUUUUGAGGAAGUUGUUUGAGAGGUUGAGGAAGUAUGAACUAAGGCUUAAUCCUGCAAAAUGUUCAUUCGGAGUUAAAUCGGGCAAGCUGUUAGGAUUUGUAGUAAGUGAUAGAGGUAUAGAGGUGGAUCCAGAGAAAGUAAGGGCCAUCCAAGCUAUGUCAUCCCCCAAGACGGAGAAAGAAGUAAGAGGAUUCUUGGGAAGGUUAAACUACAUUGCUCGGUUCAUAGCUCAGUUAACAACGACAUGUGAACCUAUAUUCCGACUACUAAGGAAAAAGAAUCCUGGAACCUGGAAUGAGGAGUGUGAGGAGGCAUUCAAUAAAAUCAAGCAUUAUUUACAAAAUCCACCUUUACUGGUUCCUCCGGUAGCAGGAAAACCUCUAGUAUUAUAUCUAACAGUAACUGAAGCAGCCAUGGGAUGUGUAUUGGGUCAGCAUGAUGAAACCGGAAGGAAGGAAAGAGCUAUUUAUUACUUAAGUAAGAAAUUCACUGAAUGUGAGUCUAGAUACACGGAAAUAGAAAGGCUUUGUUGUGCGUUGGUGUGGGCGGCAAAGAGGUUGCGACAUUAUAUGUUAUACUAUACCACUUGGUUGAUUUCAAAGGUGGAUCCUCUGAGGUACAUUUGUAACAAACCCUUUCUCUCAAGUCGAAUUGCAAGGUGGCAAGUUCUAUUAGCAGAAUAUGACAUAGUAUACAUGACAAGGAAAGCCGUAAAAGGAAGUGCAAUCGCGGACCAUCUGGCCGAUAAUGCUGUUGAAGAUUACGAACCUUUGGAUUUUGACUUUCCCGAUGAAGAUAUAUUGUCAAUAGAGAAAGAAGAAGAGAAGACAGAUUGGUGGACGAUGUUUUUUGACGGCGCAGUGAAUGUAUAUGGUAACGGGGCCGGUGCGGUAAUAAUCUCUCCUGAUAAGAAACAGUAUCCAGUUUCGGUUAAACUACAUUUCGAGUGCACCAACAAUACAGCUGAGUAUGAAGCUUGUAUCCUCGGUUUAGAAGCGGCAUUAGAGUUGAAGAUAAAGAAGUUAGAUGUAUAUGGAGAUUCAAUGUUGAUUAUCUGUCAGGUUAAAGGGGAAUGGCAGACCAAGGAGGGAAAAUUGAGGCCAUACCAGGAAUACCUAUCCACGCUAGCAAAGGAAUUUGAAGAAAUUAGAUUCACCCAUCUGGGAAGGGAGGGGAACCAUUUUGCGGAUGCUUUGGCCACGCUAGCGGCUAUGACUACCAUUGAUCUCAAGUGCAAGGUACAACCGGUACACAUUGACAUUAGAAAUGACCCAGCUCACUGUUGCUUAGUUGAAGGAGAGAUAGACGGACAUCCUUGGUAUUAUGAUAUCAAGAACCUUGUGCAAAAUCACGAAUAUCCGGUGGGAGCUUCCAAAACGGAUAAGAAAACUUUGAGAAGGUUGGCUAUAGACUUCUAUUUAGAUGGAGAGAUUUUGUACAAAAGAUCAUUUGAUGGGACCCUACUAAGGUGUUUGAAUGAGGCAGAUGCUAGAAAGGCAUUACGGGAGGUCCAUGAGGGGAUUUGCUCAACCCAUGCUAGCGGGCAUAUGAUAGCGAGGAAAAUCCAAAGGGCUGGUUAUUUUUGGAUGACACUAGAGAAAGACUGCAUCGAUUAUGUCAGGAAAUGUCAUAAAUGUCAAGUUUACAGUGACAAGGUCAAUAUGCCACCAGCUCCUCUAUUUAAUCUAAUAUCCCCUUGGCCAUUUACAAUGUGGGGAAUUGACGUGAUCGGGCCUGUUAACCCAAAAGCUAGCAAUGGUCAUAGAUUCAUCCUCGUAGCUAUUGACUACUUCACAAAAUGGGUAGAAGCUAGUUCAUAUGCCCACGUAACACAGAACGUAGUGAAGAGGUUUAUAGAAAAGGACUUGAUUUGUCGAUAUGGUCCUCCUGAAAAGAUAGUGACAGAUAAUGCACAGAAUUUCAAUGGCAAAAUGAUAGCGGAGCUGUGUACUAAAUGGAAAAUCAAGCAUUCGAAGUCUUCACCAUACCGACCAAAGAUGAAUGGCGCAGUAGAAGCCGCCAACAAGAACAUCAAGAAGAUUAUUCAGAAAAUGGUAGUCACAUAUAGAGAUUGGCAUGAGAUGUUGUCAUUCGCACUUCACGCAUACCGCACUACAGUCAGGACCUCGACAAGGACUACCCCAUAUUCUUUGGUAUACGGUAUGGAGGCAGUAAUGCCGUUGGAAGUGGAAAUCCCAUCGUUAAGAGUAUUAAUGGAUUCCGAACUAGAAGAGGCUGAGUGGGCCAAAGUGAGAUAUGAGCAACUGAACUUGAUCAGCGAAAAGAGGAUAGCUGCAAUAUGUCAUCACCAACUUUACCAGAAACGAAUGGCCAAGGCAUAUGAUAAGAAGGUUAGACCGCGGUUGUUUCAAGAAGGGGAUCUGGUAUUGAAGAAAAUAUUGUCGUUACCUGGAGACGAUCAAAGCAAAUGGGCACCGAAUUACGAGGGUCCUUACGUAGUAAAGAAGGCAUUCUCAGGAGGAGCGCUGAAGUUGGCUAGAAUGGAUGGAGAAGACCUAGCUCGACCUGUGAAUUCUGACUCUGUAAAAAGAUAUUAUGCUUGAUGUAGGCUCCUAAAUCAAUAAAGCAAAGUUUGGCCAUU